AUGGAUGGACUGGCCGGAAUUCCGAUUCUAGUCGUGCUAAUCCAAGUGGCGGCCGGAUAUGUGGGAUAUCAGGACAACCAGAUUUGCAUCAGCCGCGACAUCCAGAUCGGGGAUGUGAUCGCGCUGCGCGGGACGCUGUUGCCAGGAGCACAGAGAUGGUCGUGCAGCCUUGAAUCAGCCACGCCAAAUGGCGCGGUUUUCAUCCUCGCCGAUCACCUGAUCUACAAGAAUGAGACGACGUACUCUUCGAAAUACGCUGGCGAUGCUUGGCCCAUCGCACUAAACUACGGUCCGGUCCCCUAUACUCCGCCUGCAACGUUUAUUAUUGUGUUUACAAUCUCCGGGCUGAACCAGGUGAUCAUCAACUACCAAAACAGCCCGCUUGUCGACGACGGCGGCAACCAGUUCGACCAGCAGAUGGCGUGGACGGGUUUUGAGAAUAUUCGAAAGAUUAGGUGCGAUGGUGACAUCUCCGGAGUAGCCUGGAACCGCGCCAUCCCGCAAGUCAGCUGCCCGACCAGCCAGUCGAUCACCAGACCAGUGGCGGACAUGCCAAUUCUUACCACAACCGCUCACCCGGCGACCACCACAUUCUAUCCGUUAUGCCCG